AUGCACGGCCCUAGUCGUUUGAGCAACGGGGUGAGGUCUUUGUCACCACCGACAUCUCCCCGCCACCGCCACGGCCGUAAUAAGAGCAGCUCCGCCACUACUAUCGGAAGUGGCGGGAGGAGUUUCCUCGGCGGUGGCAUUGGUGGAGAUGGUACUAAGUUACAGAAUGUGGUGGAGAGGUUUGGGUAUUUAUUAAUGUCUGUAAUGUAUAGGCGAAGAGGGAUGCUUUUGUUUGCCCCGUUGCUGUAUAUAUCAGGGAUGCUGUUGUAUACAGGUACAUUGGGUAUUGAUGUUGUCUAUUACAGAGAUAGAGGUGGUGGAAGUGGAAGUGAUGUGGUCCGGCUCGGGUCGAUAUAUCGGAGUCCUGAGGUAUUCCAAAAGCUCUGGCCGUUCAUGGAGGCCGAAAGCAAUCGGAGUUCCAAUAACAUGUUAAUAAAUGCAUGGAAUCCAAAGUUGUCUCAAGGAUGGAAGCCUUGUGUCAAGCAGACUAUUUCUCAAGCAGGCUUCUCAGAGUUGCCAAAAAGAAACGGUUUCCUAAUAAUUGAAGCAAAUGGUGGAUUGAACCAACAACGAUUAUCGAUAUGUGAUGCAGUGGCAGUUGCGGGUUUGCUGAAUGCAACACUUGUUAUUCCCAUAUUUCAUUUGAACAGUGUUUGGAGGGAUUCCAGUAAAUUUGCAGACAUAUUUGAUGAGGAAUUCUUCAUAUAUGCACUCAGAAAUAAAGUUGAUGUGGUCAGAGAGCUUCCGGAACAUAUACUCCAGCAAUUUGAUAAUAACAUAAGCAACAUAGUGAAUUUGAGAGUAAAAGCAUGGUCGAGCCCAACCUACUACAUUCAAAAAGUUUUACCAAAGCUGAGGGAGUUGGGGGCUGUUCGCAUUGCACCUUUCUCUAACAGAUUGGCCCAUUCAGUCCCUUCAAAUAUACAAGGGCUUCGAUGCUUGUGCAAUUUUGAAGCACUUAGGUUUUCGGAACCCAUACGCAUGCUUGCUGCAAAAAUGGUUGAUCGGAUGGUUAAAACCAGCUUGAAAAGUGGGGCAAGAUACGUUUCAGUUCAUCUCCGAUUUGAAGAGGAUAUGGUGGCGUUUUCGUGCUGCAUAUAUGAUGGCGGCGAGGAAGAGAAGCAUGAGAUGGAUAUUGUUCGAGAAAGAAGUUGGAGAGGAAAAUUUCGGAGAAGGGGCAGAGUAAUAAAACCAGGUGCUAAUCGAGUGGAUGGCAAGUGCCCUUUAACUCCACUGGAGGUGGGAAUGAUGCUUAGGGGCAUGGGAUUUGAUAACAACACCUCUCUUUAUGCUGCCUCCGGAAAAAUUUACAAAGCAGAGAAGUAUAUGGCUCCCCUGAAAAAGAUGUUUCCUCUUUUAGAAACAAAGGAAACACUAACCUCCCUGGAAGAACUUACUCCAUUCAUGGGGCAUUCAUCGAGGUUGGCAGCCUUGGAUUAUACUGUUUGCCUUCAUAGUGAAGUUUUUGUUACGACUCAGGGUGGUAACUUCCCCCAUUUCUUGGUGGGGCACCGGCGCUAUUUUUAUGAAGGACAUGCCAAAACAAUUAAACCCGAUAAGAGGAUAUUAGUUCAAUUAUUUGAUAAUCCAAGUAUGAGAUGGCAAGAUUUUAAACGCCAACUGCAGGAUAUGCUUCGCCAUAGUGAUGUUAAAGGGGUUGAGUUGAGAAAACUGAGCAGCUCGCUCUACAUGUACCCCAUGCCGGAUUGCAUGUGCAGAAAGAUUUGA